UGGUUUGCAUAUCUUUGUUGUGGAUUAUAUAAUAAAAACUUAUAAGACUAUUGCUAAAUAUAUAAUAUAUAUUAAGGAAGUGCAAAAGGAAUCAUUCGAACGUUUCUUAUUCAAAGUUAAUGUUUUGGAAUAUUAGGAAAUAAAACGAUUAAACAUAAUGAAUGAGAAAAGAUCAACUAGUGCAAACACUGGACAAAUUGAACUUGGAUUUUAAGCGAAAAUUGGUAAUUAAGGUGCUUUAUAAACAACAUCAGAAAUGGCGGGGAAACAAAUGACGAAACAGGAUUCUAAAGAUAUCCCCAAUAUACAAUGUGCUGAGGAUAUAUCACUGUUAUAUAUUCCACAACUAAGUACUCUAGCAAAAUGCUGGAAUGUGGAUAUGUCAGGAUUUGAAGAAAAGAAAGACAUAGAGGAUAGAUUGAUCACAUUCUGGACAAGUAACAGGAAAAAGGAAAACUCCGACUCUUGGGAACCUCUGGAGCUUGCUAGCGCUUUCACGGAAUAUCAAAAGACAAAACAAUCGUUGCUCGAAAAGUACCGAAAAGCUGAGGCAUUGUAUAAUAACUUCACACACAAAAUAAAAGCAAAUCUUGAACUGUCCCAUCCAAACGUAUGUACACUUAUCAAAGAGAGAGAAGACUCGUUUAAGUCGGGAGAAUGUACGAUUGUUAUAGCUGGAGAUAUUGGGGCUGGUAAAACAAGUCUUCUGAACUUGAUUCUAGAGACACAGAUAUUCCCAGUCAAUUCACUAAAGUGUACCAACACUAUUCUAGAAAUACGGAGCAGUGAGAAGAAGGAUGCUGUUUUCUACUACAAACAACAGAUGUUAAAUAACGACGAUAGAGAACGAAAACUGCAACCAAAGAUUAUAAGCCUGAAGAGUCUGGAUGGAAUUCAGGAAUUCAAGGACUGUGUUGCGGAGUAUGACCUAUUGGACGACAACCCUUACGACCGAUGCGAGGUGUUUUACCCAUUCAAAACACUCAGUAAAGGCUUGGUGAUUGUAGACACCCCAUGUAUAGAAGGUGGGGGUAAUAUCGAUCAACAAUUACAAACAUACUUCUCGAGAGCGUUCGGCCUUAUUUACGUCAUCAACACGAACGCUGCUUAUGGAUUUCAACAAAGCAGGCUCGGCAAAUUGUUGAAAACUGUUGUCAAUAGCAGCGAAGAUUUCAGCCCUGAAGCGUCCCUUUUCAUCGGCAAUAAAUGGGAGCAUGUACCCGAAGGAGACCGCGCUGACGUGCAAGAAGAUAUCUUUUACAAACUGAAUCAGGUGUAUCCUGGGACACAACAAACGCAGAUACAGUACAUGUCUGUGAAAAAGUCGACAGAAUUCCAAAUGAAGUACGAAACAAAAUUAGAAGAGCACAAGAUUCUCCUGUUGAAGGUGUCCCAGCUUGUAUCCAGUAGUUUCAGACAAGUAUUAGUGUCAAAUUACUGGUGGCUUUCCUCAUUCCUAUCACGAUCAUUGUACCUCCUUCGCGUGACAAGCGUACAUAAGGAGAUGACAAGUGAGGAACUAGACAUAUAUUUCGAGGACGUCCGUAAACGCGUGGAAGAUCUACAGGUGAUUAGUAUGAUACCGCCUGAUUAAAACUUUGUCGCAACUUAUUGUUGUAAAAUG